UAAUGCAACUUCGUUAAAGCAAGAGUAGGAAAAGCAUAGAUGAUUAAGAAAUAGGAUAAAAGAAGUAAUAAAGUACUCGAAAAUCUGUUGGACAAAUCAAGCAAAAGCGAAGUGUUUCCAAGGAUAAAGAAAAUCAAAAAAAAUAAACAUAAUUGAAUAAUAAAGUGAAAAAUAUAAGUGAAACAUUCAAAUUAAAGGAUAUAUUGAAACUUAAAGAAUUUUAUAAAGGUAAUGAAGAAUAUGAAGAAAAUACUGCUACUCGAUCUACACCUUAAAAAACAGAGUGUUAAACAAGUAAUUCUAGGUUUAGUAAUUGUAAUUGCAAAUAAGAAAUAAUUGAAGAUAAUUAAAAGUAAAUUAUUUAGAAAUUAAUUCAGUUUAAAAUAAGAAAUAUUAGAACAUCUUGAAAAAAUAUAAUUUAUAGUUCAAAAAAAUGAGAGAUUUAUGACACAUAGAUCUUAAUAAGAAAUAAAGGCAGAUAGUUUUUUAAGUUAAGAUAAAUCUUCAAGAAAAUGUAUUAAUAAGGUUCAAGAAUAAGACUAAUCAGAAGAUGUUUUAAACACUAGCAACAUUUAUAAUUUAAAUUAUAUCAUACAACAAUAAUAACUUUAAAUAUCAAAUUUAAAAACUAAAUUAUUUUGUUAGGAAUAAAAAUUCUUAGAAAAACAAUCAUAAUAUGAAUAAGAAGUUUUGUAAUUAAAAAAUCAAAUACUAUUAUUAACAAGUGGGAUGGAAAUGUUAAAAGAGUAAAUUCAUUAACAAUAAUUUUAAAGGCAAGUAAAUGCUUAAACCAAAAAAUGA